GCCUCAGAUACCAUCUGAAUAGUACUACGACAACUCUUCCGGAUCUUCUUCGUCCUACGCCUGUGGCCACCGCCUGCUUCUUCCUAAUUGUUUUCGUCGUGGUCAGAAGGAACUCGAAGAGCUUUAUGGAGUCUCGGUCACCAACAUUCUCCUCCUCGCUUUGCUCGUAGCAGGUGAUUUUGCUUUGCGAGCUGUCAGGCCGGAGACGACAGGCCGAAGACCAGUGGCCGGUAGCAACAUCUCCAAGGAAAACAUUGACUUGCCCGCCAUGUCACUGCACGCUUCAAUGCUACGGACAAUAUUCGCCCAAUAAUAAAUAUCAUCUGUUUUUCUGGCAGCUCUGGACCAUUCACGAAGCUCGGAGGGUGUUUAUGGUGUGGAAAUUAAUGUCAUAGUAGCUAACGGUUGACCGGAGCUGCCAGUGUGCCCUCGAAGAUGCUUUGCGUGGCCAAACCACCUCAUCAGGUACAGGCAUUUCCCGGACCCCAAAUGCGACUUUGGCUCAUCUACUCCAUUACCUACAAUGUUGUAGAUGCACUCCAAACUUGAGAGAUAAGAGACGACACUGUCCCUGGCUAAGGUAUCAAAAACACAUUCAGCUACUAGUAAGUGGCGAUCGACACCGACAUCGCCGUUUGCUGUCCCUCGUAUGGAUCACGCACACGGCCUGGACUCCUCAACCGGAAACUUCUCCCGGCUAUCCCUGUAACACGAUGGAAACCCCGCCGUGCCAGUAUCUCUGCCACGUCUACGAAAGGUAUUCCCGCUUGCCUGCUUGUUAUGGACCAGUAUUGCCAGUUUCUACCUCUCUUCUUCUGGGCCUCUCAGCAAUCGGUGAAAGGGUCUAACAUGGCCACUACUUCUCUCCAUCAUCAUCUGCAAACCGUGCGGGCUGAUCAUUGAAUACUGCUGCCGAGAACCAGAUGAGUAAAGACACUUGAUUUGAUCUGAUACUCUAGAAGACACCGAGACCGGGGCAAAAGACGUCGAGAUCGGAGAAUGUCUUCGACUUCCGGAAAAUCUGCAACGGCUGGCAGUUCCCCGCUUAAACGACGUCGGCAUCAGAAAGAACAAGAUAUGUCUGGCAAAUCUUCCUACGACAAUGUUUCCGACGUGAAAUUGCGCACCUCCCACGCCUGCGACCGGUGCCGGAUAAUGCGCACCAAAUGUUCGGGAGGCGAACGGUGUUCAAAAUGCAUCAAAGACGGUGCCACCUGUGUCUAUGGGGAUCGCAAGCGAGAACGGAACAAAAAGGAUCUUGCCGAGGCCUUCGACCACAUCCAUGCAUUGAAGGUAGAGCAGAAGAAGUUGGUCGCUGCCCUUCGAUCGGUGACCGGAACUCCCGACUUUCGCCCCGAGCAGCAUAGCGAUGUCCUGGAUCUCUUGACUAAGUACACGUCACACGAUCAGUCGGAAAGCGGCCAAGAUACGAGCUCGCAAUCGCGCAGCACAGACGGUUCAUCCAGGCAUGCAGAGAACGGGGCACAGUCUCGUGCGCGCGUUUCCGGAAAAGAUGCUGAACAGUCCGGCGAGCAUGAGGCGGGCUCCAGCGCAGGGUCUACGGGUGAGAAAGGAGAACUGGCACAGGUCAUCGACCUUGAUGGUGGCUGCGGAGCUACAGGGUUUAUUGGCAAGAUGUCCGAGAUUGCGUGGAUUCGGCGGGCUUUCGAGAUGGUUCGCCCAGAAGACGAAGGUCAUUCAAGUUUCAAUGUUGACAGGUCUGGAUCUGGUCCGCCUUCCAAGAAAAUGCGAGACUGCAGCUAUUUUAUCGACGACACCGAUGUUCUGGCCGUGGACGAAGACAACGUCAAUCCAUACCAGUGGCCAUCUGGGGACGCUGCCCUCAUUCUGACUGAAGCGCACUUCCAUGCAAUGCAAGGUACCUUCCAAUUCGUUCAGCGGGAGGACUUUCUGCAGAAGCUAGCCACCUUCCGGCGGCCGUCGUCGUCGCUACCAUCAUGGGGGGAGCGGCGAUGGUUGGCGGUCGCCAACCUUGUGUGGGCCAUAGGGUCCCGAUGGUUGCAGGCCACCAAACUGGACCAGUCCAUCGAGAUCGAAAGCCACCUCGUGUACUAUGCCAGGGCACGAGCCCUAGGCAUCGACCACCGAAUACUAAUUGAUCACCCGGACAUUGAACGGGUUCAGGGCAUCGGACUGACUGCGUUCUAUCUGUUGGUGAACGGAUCAGUAACGAGGGCUUGGAACAGCUUAGGCCAUGCCAUCCGACAUGCAACCGCUCUUGGCCUGCACUUGAGGGUUUCAGAUCCCGAUCUUAGCGAAGCUGACAGAGAAUGCCGGGCCCGUACCUGGUAUUCUUUGUAUGCUCUGGAGAUCUUGUUGUCCGAGAUUACAGGAAGGCCCAAGGCAGUCUCAUGUGCACAUGUGACCAUCGCCAUCGAGGUGCUCAAAGCCUCUCAGGAAGAAGAGCUCGAGUCCUUUUAUGGACCCGAGGUCACGGCAUUCUUCAGACAUUCAAAGAACACGUGGCUCGACUUCAUCAGAUACGGGCAGCGGAACGUCUCACAAGGCAUGACAGGAGGAGCUGUGCCAUGGAGAAGUCUUGCUUCGGUGGGCCAAGCCGUCUCGUCUUCACACCUUCCUCAACGGCUUUAUCUAUGUCGGCUGAGCGACAAGAUUGGCGUUGAGAUGUAUAGCGAGACGUCGGACGAUACCUGGUCAGGAAAACAGCGCAAAAUCGGCAGGUUGCAGACCGAAUUGAGGGACUGGGCAGACAACUUGCCGGAAGAGCUACGGAUGCAGAGCGAUGUCUCUGUCAACAAGGAUCCGCGGGUCAAGAUCGAGUUGUCCAUGUACUAUCACAGCCUUCAGAUGAUCCUGCAUCGAGCGUGUCUGUGUGAGGUGGUGAUUGACAAUGAAUCAACCCGAUCCCAGGAGUUUAACCGGAGUUCUGCACGGGCAUGUGUUCAUGCCGCCAUGUCGAUGGUGGCCAUGUUACCGGACUAUCCUAGCGCUCACGAGGCAUUUCAGUUACUCCCGUGGUGGGCUCUCCUUCAUUACCUGGCACAGGCAACCGCCGUACUGUUGUUGGAAAUGUCUCUGAAUGCAACGCACUUCAAGGACGAUGUGAACGAGCUGACCAACCACCUGCGCAAAGCCAUGGCGUACGUGUGGUGCAUGGCAGAAGGCUCUCUUUCUGCGUACCGGGCAUGGAGGAUUUUACGGCGAUUGCUGUCGGACGUUCAGGACAAAUACCCUGCUUUCAAUAUGGUGGAUAUUCCCUUGGAUGCACCGCGGCCAUCUACAUGGUCGAAAGAACAUGAGUCAGCUCUCGGAGAGGCAGUAGGGUGAUCGAGCAAUGAAUCAUCGGUUGUAUUGCCUGGGCAGAGCGAGCGACAAGGCCCAUUGUAAUGUGGCAGCAGCACGCAGUAGGAUGGCUUAUAUUACUAGCGAUAUUGAAUGAUUGUAAUUGAGAGCAGCAUGAUCUGAACAAAUGCCUAAUUGGUAAACGGAAUA